CACUUGUUGUGGUGAGGAUGUGUUUAAGAAGAGGGGUUGAGGGGGGGAGUAUGAGCGAUGGUUGAAGUGAAUGGAUGAAUUAUUAGAGGUGACCCCUUGGCUUGUGGAGAAGAAGCCCAAAUUCAGCAGACUGAAAGUCGGCAAACAUCAUCUCACAGCUUUAGUGUAUCAUCAUAUUUAUCUUAACGUGGUGAAGUUAUUCAAUUUCCUAUUUCCACAAUUGCCCACUGGAAAAUGGAGACACUAUAAUAGAGUCUUCCAAGAAUGAACUAGUGCUAAAAUAGGUUAAUUUUCCUCCUUUCCUUUCAAAAAUACAAACAAAGCUCUUCUGCUCCCCACAGAUGUAAUUGUUUAUUCCUGAUGGUAAAGUCAUUUACUGCAGCCGUAAGUUGACAACUGAUAGUUUUGGUGUUAUACAUCAAAUGACCCCCAGUGGCCAAAAGUAGCAGAUGAGUUUCCCAGAGAAUUUAAUAUCAGAAAAGUCACCAGAGGAGGGAACAAUUGGCCCAAUGAUGAGUUAGUACAAAGUAUUUUGAGAUAUUCACUGUAAAGUCGCUUUACUCUUGCUGGCUGAGCACGCUCUAGUCAGCUAUGACAAUGGAAAGCCAAGCCUUCUUAGUCUUUCUUUGUUACCCAAGAGUGUGGUUUCCAUUUCCCCAAAGCCUACUUCUGUCCUAUCUCCAUAAAAUAGUUAGUGUGAGGGAGAUUUGAUUGGUGAAAUGUUUGUGUCCUCUCCAACGUGUUAUCUGCAUGUAAGUGUUUGGUACUGCUCCAAGGUUGCCAGAAUGAGCCCUUAUGGUUAUAUGACUCAGUUAUAAUGGUUGUCUCUUUCAUGCUGGAUAGCUUUUUGGAAGAACAUUUUUUCUGUUAUUUAACAGUUGUUCACAACAACAACAUAAAGCUUCCUGGUUGUGUUUGAUAGAAAUUCCAGGGGGAAAACAAAGGCACUGUUGCCUCCUCUCUAUCCCCAAGGAGAAUGUGGGUCAGGGCUGGAGCCGGGCUCUGGGAAUCCCUGAGAAGGGAGCAUUAUUAAUGUCGCCACCACUGUGCCUGCUGGGCUGCUCUGUGCUUCCCCCUUGCACAAGCACCAGGCCCAGCCAGGGAAAGGAAACGCAGGCCAUUCCCUCAGAGCCGAAGUUAAGGGAGAAAUAAUAAUACAGGCACAGGAGGACCAGCAGCAGCCAGAGAGGAGAAGUGACAGGGACCGAGGCAAAUGCAGUCUCUCCCUGGGUUUCAAGAAUUUGAGAAACACAUCUCUUAAAGAUGAAAUCAGCUGUGCCAGAGCGUGAGGCCCAGGAAAACUGGGAGUCUGCUGUAUAAAUACAGCAAGUGGCUCACACUCAUCCACCCAAGUGAGCACUUUUGCAGGCCCAGCAUCUUUUAAUGGCGACAAAACAAGAAUAAAGAAUGAGUGCCCGUGCGCAGCGGAGAUGCCACCUUCCCCAAAGCUAUGGACAACGUGACGGUCCGGCAGGGGGAGAGCGCCACCCUCAGGUGCACUAUUGACAACCGGGUCACCCGGGUGGCCUGGCUGAACCGCAGCACCAUCCUCUAUGCUGGGAAUGACAAGUGGUGCCUGGAUCCGCGCGUGGUCCUCCUGAGCAACACCCAAACGCAGUACAGCAUCGAGAUCCAGAACGUGGAUGUGUAUGACGAGGGCCCGUACACCUGCUCGGUGCAGACAGACAACCACCCAAAGACCUCUAGGGUCCACCUCAUUGUGCAAGUAUCUCCCAAAAUUGUAGAGAUUUCUUCAGAUAUCUCCAUUAAUGAAGGAAACAAUAUCAGCCUCACCUGCAUAGCAACGGGUAGACCAGAGCCUACAGUUACUUGGAGACACAUCUCCCCCAAAGCGGUUGGCUUUGUGAGUGAAGACGAAUACUUGGAAAUUCAGGGCAUCACCCGGGAGCAGUCAGGGGACUACGAGUGCAGCGCCUCCAAUGACGUGGCCGCGCCCGUGGUACGGAGAGUAAAGGUCACGGUGAACUAUCCACCAUUCAUUUCAGAAGCCAAGGGUACGGGUGUCCCCGUGGGACAAAAGGGGACACUGCAGUGUGAAGCCUCAGCAGUCCCCUCAGCAGAAUUCCAGUGGUACAAGGAUGACAAAAGACUGAUUGAAGGAAAGAAAGGAGUGAAAGUGGAAAACAGACCUUUCCUCUCAAAACUCAUCUUCUUCAAUGUCUCUGAACAUGACUAUGGGAAUUACACUUGCGUGGCCUCCAACAAGCUGGGCCACACCAAUGCCAGCAUCAUGCUAUUUGAACUAAAUGAGCCUACGAGCUCAACUUUGUUGCAAGAAGUGAAAACUACAGCCCUGACCCCUUGGAAAGGCCCGGGUGCUGUCAGCGAGGUGAGCAACGGCACGUCGAGGAGGGCAGGCUGCGUCUGGCUGCUGCCUCUUCUGGUCUUGCACCUGCUCCUCAAAUUUUGAUGUGAGUGCCACUUCCCCACCCGGGAAAGGCUGCCGCCACCACCACCACCAACACAACAGCACUGGCAACACCGACAGCAACCAAUCAGAUAUUUACAAAUGAAAUUAGAAGAAACACAGCCUCAUGGGACAGAAAUUUGAGGGAGGGGAACAAAGAAUACUUUGGGGGGAAAAAGUUUUCAGAAAGAAAUGGAAAAUUGCCUUGCAGAUAUUUAGGUACAACGGAGUUUUCUUUCUUUUCCCAAACGGGAAGAACGCAGCACACCCGGCUUGGACCCACUGCAAGCUGCAUCGUGUGACCUCUCUGGUGCCAGUGUGGGCAAGGGCUCAGUCGCUUUGCCCACAGAGUGCCCCCACGUGGAACAUUCUGGAGCUGGCCAUCCCAAAUUCAAUCCGUCCAUAGAGACGAACAGAGUGAGACCUUCCGGCCCAAGCAUGGCGCUGUGGGCACUUUGGUAGACUGUGCCACCACGGUGUGUGUUGUGAAAUGUGAAAUAAAAAGACAGAGAAAGAAAGAAAAAGGAAACAAAGUAAGACCGUUCGACAGCAACAACAAUCCCACAAACAACAGUCACAAAAGAUACCGUUAAACUUUUUUUUUUUUUUUUUUUUAUCAUUUUACUACAUGGACAUCAUGGAUAACAAGGGAUUCUGAUUCAUUAUUAAUUUUAUUAAUUAUAUUUUCUGAUAUGAGUCUAGAACUUAGUGCAAAAACAAGACAAAACUAAAAAAAUACAACUGAAAAGGGUGAAGAGAAGUAUGUUUGUUAAACAGUAAAAAUGAAUAGUAUACUUCUAAACUAGGUUUACAACUGGUGGACCAGACACCAGGCACUAAUCGCCUGGUGAGGAUUUGGCAUAUCCACCAAAAAAUACAUCCGAUUUAACCAACAUCUCCACCAGCGCUACAGAUUCCUCCCGACUGUGGCAUCUCAUGCAGACAAUACUAUGCUCUCUACACACUGUUUAGAAAUGGAAAGGUGAUCUGCACUGUAUCUUGGGUUUGUUGGCUAUGCUUCUUUUGAUGACAUAUAUUAUACAGUAUAUAUAUACAUAUAUUUUUUUUGUUAGAGUUCUAGCCAUUUUAUUUCUCCGCAGGGUCCUUUCUCAGACAUUACUGCAUGCUGUAUAUGGCGUUAGCUGUGUGUUGAUCUUCUAAAAGAUGAUAGAGUUUACUGGUAAUUGUGUAAUCAGCUCCUGCCUUUUUAUUUUCUUGGGUUAUUUACAUGUCAGAGACAUUUAUAAAAAGUGAAAAGAUAAAAAAAAAUCUGACUAAUACCAGGCGCAGCAUCUUUCCAGGUGUGGCUCUGUGCGUCGGCCACCCCCGGUGGCCCCGCUUUCUCCAUCCUGCUCUGUGGCAUUAACCGACAGCAAGCAACUGAACAAGCAGAACCGUCAGUACCCACUUGCUUUAGCCCAUUAUGGGAAUCUCUGAUGCCUUCGUGACCACUGGAGAGUUUAAUCCUCUUGGUUUAUUUAAUUUCCCACCUUUGUGUGAGUGUGUAUGAAAGAGAAAAAAAAAUGCAAUUUUUAGGUAAUCUUUUUUUUCCCUCCCCUGAAAGUCUGGGAACCAGAGAGUCCUCGGGGAGAGGUCCUGGAUGUGAUGAGGGAAAGUGGGAUUGGGGGAUCCGGGAGGGUGGGGUUGUCUCUGACUUGACAUUAAAAAGUGUUCCAUGUCCCUCUUCA